CAUAAAUGUAAACUUUUGAGUUAAGUAUGCAAUGAAAAUUGGACUGAAAAUCUAGGUCAUAAAAUAAAAUAUAGGCAUUUUAUUCCAUUUUGUGAAAGAUUUUAGUUUUUGCACUUACUGGCUUUUAAAACGUCGAUAUGUCCCAAUAUAUUUUUUGCAGACGGACUGCAACCUAUCGAUACGUUAUUUUUUAACUCCAACUACCGAUCUUGAUAAUUACUGCUAGUAAUAGUAAAUUGGUAUGAUAAUUAUUAGUUCGAGGAAAUUCCUCCGUAACAACCAUGUUUGAUCUUGAUGAACUUUCCGAAAUCCAUGCUUCACGGCGCAGCAACUACCUCUUUGGCCUAGCCUUGCUAAGCAGUGCAAGAUUGUAAACAGUGCCAUGUGGUUGAAGUGUCUCUUGAAUUUCUGAAUUGUUUCAUUAAAAAUGUUGACAUUAGAGCGUUCUGAUGGUGGGAUACAAAAAAGAGUGAAAAACCAUAAACGAAAAGCUUUUGAAUCUCUUUUAGAAAAAGUUAAAAAACGUAAAUUAUUGAAAACCGGUGAACCAGAGCAGGAUAAUGAAGAACAGAAAGAGCCUGAAAAUAUUGAAGAGAAGAAAGAAAGUUUCACCAUCCUUGGAAGCUAUUCGACUGUUAGAAAUACCAAAGUGCAACAUCAUUUACCUGAUUGGUUAGCAAACCCUAAUCAAAUAUCUGCUGAUCUUGAUGGUGAAAAGUGCCCGGUUGAGGAAAUGAAAAAAUUUCUGAGUGAAAAGUUACUUUCCACUUUAAAAUCUAAUGAUGUAAUUGUUUUUUUCCCUGUUCAGAAAGCUGUCAUUCCUUGGUUAGUGAAUGAUAUCUCGAAAUUUGGAUUAUCGAAUUCAUCCAUGAUGAGGCCAAGGGACUUGUGUGUGUCUGCGCCUACUGGUAGCGGUAAAACCUUAGCAUAUGUUCUUCCUAUUGUUCAGAGUUUACAUAAGAGACUUGUUCCGAAAAUUCGAGCCUUAGUAGUAGUUCCUGUUCAAGAAUUAGCGAUUCAGGUUACUAAUGUCUUUAAAACUUAUUGUAAAGGUACAGGCCUUAAAGUUGAAUCAGCUACUGGCAAAACUCCUCUCAACAUAGAAACAACAAAGCUCAUCAAAGGCUAUGACUUAUGUGAUUAUGAAAGCUUAGUUGAUAUCCUUGUUACAACUCCAGGAAGGUUAGUAGAACAUUUAGAAAAUACAAAGGGAUUUGAUCUUAGUUAUUUACGGUAUUUGGUGAUGGAUGAAGCUGAUAGAAUGAUAGAUAAUAUUCAGAAUAACUGGCUUUAUCAUCUUGAUAAGCAUGUUAAUUUAGAAGGGCACAAGAGCAUUACUCAACUAUCAUUAAGAGACCUAGAUCAGAGAAAAAGGCAUCCCCAAAAAUUGCUCUUUUCUGCUACACUUUCCCAGGACCCAGAGUUACUAAAAAGACUUAAUUUAUUUCAACCUAUAUUGUUUUCCACUGUGUCUCAAAAUAACAAUUCAGAUAAAACUGAGGAUUAUAUUGGGUCGUUUACAACUCCUUCAACUUUAAAAGAGAAAUAUAUUAUUGUCGAACCUACUAUGAAACCAUUGGUCCUAUGUGAAUUAUUAAAAUCUACUAAGAAAAAUAUGUUAUGCUUUACCAAAUCUGCUAUUGAUGCACACAAAUUAUCGAAAUUGCUUUCUCUUAUGAAUCCUGAAAUUAUAGUGAUGGAGAUAUCAUCUCUUUUACCUGCUGAUCAAAGAGAAAAAAUUCUUCAUGAUUUUUCUUCUGGAUUGGUGAAUGUGCUAGUUUGCUCUGAUGUAAUGGCAAGGGGUGUCGAUAUCAGCGGAGUAAAAUAUGUUGUUUCUUAUGACCCUCCUAAGCAUAUUAAAAGUUAUAUUCACAGAGUCGGACGAACAGGGCGUGCAGGAACGAAAGGCAAGGCCAUUACAUUGCUUUCAUCCCAUCAAGCUCCCUUAUUCAACCAAAUGCUACUCGAUGUGAACAAGAAUGAUGUAAAACAGAUGGCUGUUGAUGAACAAAACUUAAAAGAAAUGAUGAUAAAAUACAAAACAGCCCUCCAAGAAUUGAAAGUCCUCUUGAAACAAGAGGAAACUGAACGUUUUCAAGAGAUAAAGAAGGAGAAAUCAUUUUCAUUUAAGAAAAAGAAAAUAAAGCGGAAGAAAGAAAAAAAAAAGGUUUAAUUAUUACAUGUAGAAAAGUGUACAUAUGAAAAUGUAAAUAAUGAAAUAAAUAAAAGAACUCUGCUCCAAAACAAAUGGUUUGUAAUUUAAUAGUAUUUUAAGCAAAUCGUAUAUUUAUAUUUUAUUUAUUUUUCUUAACUUGUGAAAUGUAGUUUUGAAGAACCAAAAAUAAAUGUGAUAUAUAAUUUGAGUAGUCAUUAACUGAAGAAAUAUCCUACUAAGUUUCUUAAUGUCUAAACCUU